AGAGGAACGCGGAUGUCGUUUCUUGUAGUAGUAAAAAACCACAAGCAGUAUCGUAAAUUAUUGAUUAUCUCGGUCAAAGAGCGGAAAAAACGACAUCUUACAGGAAAAAACAGCUGAUCCAUCUUCAUUCCUGAAUGGGAUUACUCAGUGCCAUUCAGCUUGCCUCGAGGAUUGCCAGAUGCUGCCUGUGCCAACUUUCUACAUCAAAGUCAUGUUUUUCCACAAAAUCCACCCUCAUGGGGGACAAGAACAUUCUGCUGAUGGGCCCGCCUGGAGCAGGGAAGACAACAGUUGGGAAGAUUGUGGCCCAUAAACUGGGUCUGCCCAUCAUAGAUGUUGAUGAUGAUGUCUUGGAGAAGAGGUGGAAGAUGCCAGUUGCGGCCAAGCUGGCAGAGGUGGGCGGAAGGUUUUUCCUGGAGGAGGAAGGCCAGACUUUGUGUAACUUCUCCGCCUCUGGGUGCAUCAUUUCCCUGACGGGUUCAAAUCCUCUUCACGCUGAGGCUAUGCAGCACAUGAAGCAAAACGGACUCGUCGUCUACCUGGACGUGGACAGUGAGGACAUCAUAGAGAGACUUAGUAGAAUGAAGGUUGACCGGAUAGUGGGCCAAGAAGAGGGGGUGUCCUUGAAAGACCUUUUGUGCUACAGGAAGCAGUUCUAUGAGAAAUGGCUGGACAUAAGGGUGUUUUGUGGAAUGGGAGACACGGUGGAGGAAGUAGCAGAGAAGGUGUUGAGAGCUGUGGAGAGAUAUCAGGAACAUGAUGAGGAGACCUAUAUUUCAACCAGGUGUGGUGGCUCAGAAUUAUCCAAUCGAAAAACAUACUUCAGUGAUGUGGUUAUAGAGGGCCUGGCUGCAGAUGGAGGUCUUUAUGUUCCCAAGAAAGGCUUUCCAAAGAUUUCUAAAAGCCAAUGUCUCAGGUUAAUUUCCAUGUCAUAUCCAGAGAGAGCUUUGGUUUUGCUGGAAAAGUGCAUCCACCCAAAGGAUGUCUCUGCUUUGGACCUUAGGGAUAUAGUAUAUAAAGCAUAUGAAUCCAACUUUUCCAGUGAGAGAGUUGCACCUGUGAAACAUCUUGUCCAAAAUCAGUACGUCCAGGAGCUAUUCCAUGGCCCAACUGCUUCAUUCAAAGACCUUGCCUUGCAGCUGAUGCCUCAACUCUUCGCCCACUGCCUCCCACCAAUGUGCAACUUCCUCAUCCUUGUUGCCACAUCCGGGGACACAGGCAGCGCUGUCCUCAGCGGCUUUAGCCGACUGAGCGGCACCGACAGACACCGCACAGGUGUGUUGGUGUUCUUCCCAAACGAAGGGGUGAGUCCGAUCCAGGAGCAGCAGAUGACGAGCUUUAGAGAAAGGAACGCCAGAGCAGUUAGUGUCCUGUCAGAUUUUGACUUCUGUCAGAAGAGCAUCAAGAGGAUGUUUGGAGAGGCGGGGCUGACCGGGCAUUUCGCUGUGGAGUAUGGUACCGUUCUCAGCACAGCCAAUUCUAUCAACUGGGCACGGUUAUUACCACAGGUCGUCUAUCAUUGUUCGAGCUAUUUGGAUCUGUGCAGAGAUGGAGUGAUUAACUGUGGAGAUCCUGUGGAUGUUUGUAUCCCUACUGGGAACUUUGGUAAUGCCAUGUCAGCUUUGUAUGCUAAGCAAAUGGGCAUCCCAAUAAGAAAAGUCAUCUGUGCAUCUAACCACAACCGAAUCGUGGCCGACUUCAUCACCACGGGCCAGUAUGAUCUCCAGGGCCAUCCUCUGCUGCACUCCCACUCCCCUGCAAUAGAUAUCCUGAAGUCCUCCAACCUGGAGAGGUUUAUCUACCACAUCUCAGGCAGAAGCAGCUGCCUGGUCAAGGACCUGUUUACACGCCUAGAAGUGGAGAAAUGCUUUCAGCUUCCUGAGCAUCUCCUUAGCAAGAUGCAGGAGCAAGUGCAGGCUGGCUGGUGUUCUGAAGACGAUUGCUUGGCUGCCAUCCACAACGUCCACACACAGACGGGAUACCUCAUGGACACGCACACCGCUGUGGCGAAGGUUGUAGCCGAUCGGCUGAAGGAUGGCUCAUGCCCCACAGUGCUUUGCUCCACUGCGCACUACGGGAAAUUUGCUCCUGCAGUGUUCAAAGCUCUGCAGAUCCAAAAUGUUCCCCAGGAUCCCAUGGAGCAGCUGAAGGUGCUGGAGGCCACUGCGUCCAGACCAGAAGCACACAGAGAGAUGAUGAAAUGCCUGAGGGAGAAAGGAGGACACAGAGUUUGUCAGGCAGAUUACAGUGUGCUGGUGGAGGAGGUGGAGAGCAUGAUACAGGAUUCAUUCUUGAAAGUCACAUAGAAUACUCUCAGCUUUUCUUUAAGGGUUCACUUCAGUUACUAAUUUAAAUCUUGAAGAAAUUUCUGUGGCUUUGUCAUGCUAUAAAAUAUGUACUACAGCUGCAUCUCAGUAAAAUAGAAUGUCUUCGAAAAGAUCAUUUAUGCAAUUGAUUAAAAAAAAUAAAACAUGCGUGCCUGUGGCGCUGGAGUUAAAGCGCACAAUCCAUAUUCAGAGGCUUCAGUCCUCAAUGCAGCCGUUGUGGGUUCGACUUCCAGCCCAGGCGACCUUUGCUGCACGUCUUCCCCCUCUCUCUUUCCAACCCAUUCCUGCCAGCUUACGGUCUGAAAGAAAAUCUAGGAAGACAUGCUAGACAAUGUUGAUUUUUCCCAAUUUAAAAUUAUGUUUGAAACGACUUUGUGACACGUAAGGGUUCCUUUCACUAAAACAAUGGAGCAAGAAAGCUUCAUGACCCUUUUUAUUAGGUUUGCAACACUUCCUGCCUUCAUUAGCUGGUGCCCUCACCCAGUUAAGGAGAUUUCUACCUGUUGGUGUCUACUAGGUGCAACAUUCUCCUGGCAGCUUGGUGACAGUAUAUGAGUAUUCCUGAGUAGACUAAAUCCUUUUCCAUUGUAAGGUAAAAUGUAGGAAGAUAAAAGGUUUGUUCGUUCGUUCGUCGUCUUCCGCUUAUCCAGGACCGGGUCGCGGGGGCAGCAGACUCAGCAGAGACGCCCAGACGUCCCUCUCUCCAGACACCUCCAGCUCCUCCAGGGGGAGCCCAAGGCGU